UUCCUGGUUACCAGCUGCCGUUGUCAGGGAGGGAGGAGAAGGAGCGAUAGGGAGUCACGACGGAGGGUCAAAGGGGAAAGGUCACCAACCCAUCAUCCUCUGUGUUGGAUACACAGCCAUCUUGCUUCUGCAAGACAAGAAAAUUCAUGCGGUGACAUAAAGCAUGUUUGGUGCUUCAAGAAAGAAGUUUGUAGAGGGGGUCGAAAGCGAUUACCACAAUGAAAAUAUGUAUUAUAGCCAGUCUUCGAUGUUUCCACAUCGGCCGGAGAAAGAUAUGCUGGCAUCUCCAUCACCAUCCGCAUCGGGUCAGUUGUCCCAAUUUGGGGCAAGUUUAUACGGGCAACAAAGUGCACUAGGCCUUCCAAUGAGGGGCAUGAGCAACAAUACUCCUCAGUUAAAUCGCAGCUUAUCACAAGGCACUCAGUUACCAAACCAUGUAACGCCGACAACAGGGGUACCAACAAUGUCUCUACACACACCACCAUCUCCAAGCAGGGGUAUAUUACCGAUGAAUCCCAGGAAUAUGAUGAACCACUCCCAGGUCAGUCAGAGCAUUGGCAUUCCCAGCAGAACAAACAGCAUGAGCAGUUCAGGGUUAGGCAGUCCUAACAGAAGCUCGCCUUUUACUGUGAACAGCAUGUCGGGGUUUAGCAUGAACAGAAAUCAGGCGUUUGGAAUGAACAAUUCCUUAUCAAAUAAUAUUUUCAAUGGGACAGAUGGAAGUGAAAAUGUGACAGGACUGGACCUUUCAGAUUUCCCAGCAUUAGCGGACAGAAACAGAAGGGAAGGAAGUGGUAACCCAACUCCAUUAAUAAACCCAUUGGCAGGAAGGGCACCUUAUGUUGGAAUGGUAACAAAACCAGCAAGUGAGCAGUCCCAGGACUUAUCUAUACACAACGAAGAUUUUCCUGCAUUGCCAGGUUCCAGCUAUAAAGAUCCUACGUCAAGCAAUGAUGACAACAAAUCUAAUUUAAAUACAACAGGAAAGACUGCGUCAAGUACAGAUGGACCCAAAUUUCCAGGAGACAAAAGUUCCACAACGCAAAAUAAUAACCAGCAGAAAAAAGGGAUUCAGGUUUUACCUGACGGCCGAGUAACAAACAUUCCUCAAGGCAUGGUGACAGAUCAGUUUGGCAUGAUUGGUUUGUUAACGUUCAUCAGGGCAGCGGAAACAGACCCAGGAAUGGUACAUCUUGCAUUAGGAAGUGACUUGACAACGCUAGGUCUCAAUCUCAAUUCCCCUGAAAAUCUUUAUCCAAAAUUUGCAUCACCGUGGGCAUCUUCGCCUUGUCGACCACAAGAUAUAGAUUUCCACGUCCCUUCUGAAUACUUAACAAAUAUUCACAUUAGGGAUAAGUUGGCUGCAAUAAAACUCGGUCGAUAUGGAGAAGACCUACUAUUCUAUCUAUACUACAUGAACGGUGGCGACGUUUUACAGCUUUUAGCAGCAGUGGAGCUAUUCAACAGAGACUGGAGAUACCAUAAAGAAGAGCGAGCAUGGAUAACAAGGGCGCCUGGAAUGGAGCCAACUAUGAAAACAAACACAUAUGAAAGGGGUACAUAUUACUUCUUCGAUUGUCUUAACUGGAGGAAAGUAGCUAAGGAGUUCCAUCUGGAGUACGACAAGCUUGAAGAAAGGCCUCACUUGCCAUCCACUUUCAAUUACAAUCCAGCUCAGCAAGCUUUCUAAAGACUUCCCUGUUCAUGGGGUAUAGCUGUCUCAGCACAAUACUCAACAUAACUGCAGAACUGAUGUGGCUCAGGCAUCCUGGUUUUAAUUCCUUGAGGAUCUGGCAAUUGUCUCAUGCAAAGGGAUCAUCACUUGAGGUCCUGCCUUACUAAUUAUGUGCUGCCCAACAAAUAUAAUUGUAAUUUGUUUCUUUA